GCCCAGAAUAUAAGACCAUUGGAUGGAGAGCAAGACUCUUCUCAACAGAGAUGUCCUCCGCCAUGAUUGGAGUCCUCUUCGCUGCUCUGGCAUUGGCCUACGGGGCCUUCAGUUGUGGGGUCCCAACCUACAAGCCCAAUGUAAGCAGAGUUGUCGGAGGGGAGGAUGCCCGGCAGAACAGCUGGCCCUGGCAGGCUUCCCUUCAAUAUUCGUCCAGUGGAAAGUGGCAUCACACAUGUGGCGGGUCCCUAAUUGCCACCAACUGGGUCAUGACAGCCGCUCACUGUAUCAGUUCUGGUCGGACUUAUCGUGUCUACCUUGGAAAGCACAGUCUCUCAGCCAGCGAGAGAGGAUCAGUUGCCAUUUCCCCAUCAAAAAUCAUUGUUCACCCAAAGUGGGACGCAAGUAGACUUACCAAUGGGAACGAUAUUGCACUCAUCAAACUUUCUCAGCAUGUUACCUUGAGCAACAGCAUCCAGACAGCUUGCCUCCCAAAAGCCAACAGUAUCUUAGCUGCCAACUAUCCUUGUUACGUAACUGGAUGGGGAAGGCUGAGAACAAACGGUCCGUUGCCAGAUAUCCUGCAGCAGGGACGCUUGCUUGUGGUGAAUCAUGCCACCUGCUCCCAGGCCAGCUGGUGGGGCAGCUCGGUGAAAACCAACAUGGUCUGUGCAGGUGGUGACGGCGUGAUCUCCAGCUGCAACGGGGACUCCGGUGGCCCACUCAACUGCCAAAACUCUAGUGGGAAAUGGGAGGUGCACGGAGUGGUCAGUUUCGGUUCCGCUCUUGGGUGCAACUACUACCGCAAGCCAUCUGUCUUCACACGGGUCUCUGCCUUCAACGACUGGAUCGCGCAGGUAAUGGCACAGUAUUAAGGGAAGGAGUGUUGGAGCCCAGAGAGAAUCGGCCAGGAACACCAUCUUAAGAAUAAUAGGGUACCAGUUGCACAAUAAAACAAAAGCAAACAUUGCAAUAA